GGAAAAGGAAGUACAACUGUUGUCGGAAAAGCCCUUGCAGCAAUUAUAGCAGCGGCAUACUUGGACUCUGGGAAUCAUUCUGAUACCUGGGGCGUUAUGCAUUAUAUAGGGUCGGGUAUGUCCUAUGUCAAUCUGACUUGGCUGACUUGCGAGUACAAUAGGUUUUUCAUCCAGAACCAAGACGGCAUAAACCCUGCAAUGUUGGAAUCAAACGCGAAUUGUGAAGCACAGUUUCCUAUUACGGAUCCACUUGCAGCCCCAUGCAAUAUAUUAUCGAAUGUGCAUACGAGCCAAGUGAGCGUGGUGUCACUGGAAAUCGAAGCUGGAGGUGACUUCAUGGCGGUGCCCAGGAGAAGACCCGCUGAAAGCGCUCCAUGCGAGACCCAGGGCAGCAAAGCGAAGGUUAGGCGGUCUCAGCGCUUCACCAACGAUCGGCUCGAACCUUUCCUUACUCGUGAGUCCGAAAAAUGCAGAGCCUUGAGAAUCGCCGCCCCAGAAGAAUCAUACUAUGCUCCUGACAUCCACACGGAAAUUGUGAAAUUGGUAAAAGAUACUUCAACAGAGCUGCCCAAAAAAUUGUUACUGUGUGUUGCUACCUCACAAUCAGUGGUAAUUCUGAAGAAGGCCAUUCUAGGGUGGCGAACUCAGACGGGUAUUGCCUCCUGGCAACUAUCCAAAUCAGCAUCCAAAGCAGAAGCGUUUCAUAUAAUCGAGAAUAUGAAUCAAGAUAUGAUGUGCUUGUCCCUUCUCCGACGGUAUUACAUCCUCCGUCUGUUUGAGGAUUGCAGAGGGUGUGAUACGCCAUCAUUCGCAGGAUUUGUCUCAGUCCAGGGAAACGGUGUCCUUUCUCGUAAAAGGGGAAACCCCCUGAACAAUGCGGAGAAUGACCUGACGACAGCAAUGAUGAAGGAGAUAUUCCCUGCUCUACUGCCUGGAACACAAGAAUACGACGACAAGCGUGGUGCUGUAAAUUUCUAUCGCAAGCUUGGCCGGAAGUUUCAUAUGUUAACAUCAAGUUUCGGCAAAGGCAUACUUGCACUGAUGCCGCAUUAUGACCUACCUGGAGGACCAGACAUCAGCAUUUCGGACAAUCAGCUUCAUUCUCUGCGCGAGUCAACAUUUGCGCAAGUCAUUUCCAUUCUAGCACGCACCCAAGGUGAGGCUUUGCGUCAGUUCAGCGCAGCUGCCGAGAGAAUCGUGGAUGCCUUGAUGGAAUUUCCGGUAGAGCGUUGCCCGGUAUUUGAACUUGAGGAAAUUGCGGACAGCCAAAUAUUGGAGUACCCGAAGAACUCAUCGAGCCUACUUUCCCUUCUCGGGUUGAGAAGGCAUGCUCAGAUUAUGACAGGUCCAUAUCCGCCCGCAGACGAAUCAAUUUAGCUAGGCGAAAUUGGAGGUAGUCGAUAUACAAAACGAAGAAUAG